UUGCUUAUGACACAUUUAUUUUCAUGUUGUUUGUAUUUUUUAGCUUGUUUUCUGCACUACAAUAAAAAAAAAACCAUCAUUUCACGGUAAAAUUGAAUACAACAAAGAAAAUAGUUAAUAAACUGAAAGCAUGAAUCCGAAUUUAAAGUGAAUAAUUUAACUAGUUUUGGUAUUGACAAUUCGUUAGAUAUAAUAGCCAACAAACUCUAAAUCAGUAAUGAAAAAUAAGACUUUUCUACUAUUAAAAAAAUAAAUUAUAAUUCGAAUUGUCGAUUUUGCAUCAAAAAUGGCUAGCUGUCAACUGUCAAACACAUCAGUCGUUUGAACAGAACACAAGAUACACACAGUCAGCCAAAUCAACAACAAACAUGAUGAUCGAAUGGAACCGUUAGAUUGUAAACUCAAGAACUGGAUGCAGAUUGGAGCAAAACGAAAUGGCGACAUCGCAAAAAGUGUGCGAGAUUUGUAAAUUUAGCGAUAGAAAUGAUUUGGACUUAGGUGAAUGGAAGACAUCAGAAGACUGUACUAUUCAUCUGUUUUGUGCGUUGUUAUCACCGAAUGCAGUACAACGAGGCGAAGACAAUGAAGGUAUCGAUGGAUUCUUGGUUACUGACAUUCGAGACUUCGUGAAAUUACAUAAAAAAACCAAAUGCUAUUAUUGCAAAAAGAAGUGUGCAACAGUCAGAUGCAAGAAUAAAAAAUGUCCACGUUAUUUCCAUGUAAAGUGUGGAACAGAGAACAAUUGUUUGUUCCAAUUUGGAGGUGAUUCGUAUUGUCAUUGUCAUGUUGAUAUCAAAGAGAAAAAUACAAUCCAUGGUGAUUAUUGGUCAUGUCAAAUUUGCAAGGAACCCAUGGGUCCAUACAAUCCGAUUACAAGCAUUCCAUCGUGCUGCAAUCAAGGCUUUUUCCACCGAACAUGUAUACAGAAGCAUGCAAGAGCAGCUGGCUAUUUGACAAAAUGUCCAUGUUGUGGAAACGGCUUCGAUACUGAUAACAACGAGUACAGACAGUUUCUCGCACAACGUGGCAUUUUCUGCCCGGAUAAGGAUGCAGAUUGGGAACUAUCGCAAGAUGCAUACCAUUCAUUAUUGUAUGUUCACAACCAAUGCGACGCCAGAAAUUGUCUCUGCCCAAAUGGACGAAAACAUAGUGCACGUGGCGAAUGGCGUUUGCACAAGUGCCGUUACUGUGGAGAAAAGGGUAUUCACAAUGGCUGUCGUCCGACUGAUACGAACAACGACUUCAUAUGUAACGACUGCAGUGGGAAAUCGACUCCAUUAAUUACUGUUCACACUGAAAGUUCCAGAAACAACGCAGAAACCACAAAUGAAGCUAACAUGGACGUUGAGAAUCCAUCUACUUCGAAAACCAAUGUUAACAACAAUAACAGUAAUGAGCCAAAUACAAGUGGACCUGGUGAAUCAGAAGGCAAGGUUUUCAAAUUGGUCCCAACAGAUCGGCUAUCAUACCGAAAAACUACACUGCUUCUGGCUGAUGAAAGUACCAACGAAGAUGAUGACCCGUUAUGCGGUGCAGCAAGAGGAAAAAUGCGAAACAAUCGAUUGGACAUGUUCUUCGCGAAAGCGGAUUUUGAUGCAAAACCAGCUCCACCGCCGUGGCUCAUCUGAAUGAAGAAGCAGCACGAAAAAGAAAAUCAAAACAAAUUUCAAUCAACUCAAGUUUUAGCCAUGUUUCCAUUGAAGGAUUAUGAUUGAGCCAAACUAUUGCAUUUUCUUGAAUUGUAUUUUACUUGGUAAUUAGUAGCUUCUCUACCAUUCCAACGCAAAUGGAUUAAAGCAGUAACUGGGAUUUAAAACAACGCAUUUGGAAUUAAGUUACUUUUUUCAGAGAAAAAGUCUAGGGGUUUCAUUCAAGGCUUGAAAAAUGUGAAUAUUUGUGUAUAUUGUGGAUAUUUUUCUCAUUCAUCGUCAAAAUUUCGAUUUUAUGUGAAUGUUGUGAAUUUUGUGAAUAUUUUGAAUAAAAAUUUUCAAGAUGGCGACGAAUUCAAGAUGACGGCUGAUGAGAACGCUAGAACUGUCAAAUAAGAAAGACUGAAUAUCUGUGAAUAUGAGUGAAUAUUCUGAAUAUGGCUCAAAACACACCGGAAUAUAUGAAUUUUCGAAUGAUAAAUUCCCCUAGGAAAAAGUUAGAGAUAUCUCAUAACAACAAAAUAAAUUCAAAUGAAAUUAUAUAAAAAUGGCUUGAGACCAGCGAAAAA